AUGAUGAAUUAUCACAAUAUCACCAGUCAUUCAGGGCCGGUUCCAUUGCCCUCAUUGAUGUAUGUUGAUUGUCCUCCUAUGCCCCCUCCGCAGCAGCAGCAGCAGCAGCAGCAGCAGCAGCAACAAGAUGUACAUCAUCCACAAACAAAGAAACGACCGAACAAAGUGCAUGUGUCGGCUGCAUGUAUUAACUGUAAAAAGGCACAUUUAGCGUGUGAUGUUUCAAGACCUUGCAAUCGCUGUGUUACUACAGAUAAAGCAGACACAUGUCGUGAUAUCCAACAUAAAAAGAGAGGUCGGCCAAAGAUGAUGAGAGAUGCAAACAAUAACAAGAUCCGGCCUGUAUCCUCCACUGUUACUACACCAGCUGCUGUCACUCAAAACAUGAGCAAUAAUCGCAUGAUGCCCGGCAUCAAUGUUGAUGUCUUUCCAAUGGUUUCUGCAGCAACAUCGAAUGAUAUGAUGACAGUAUUUCUGUCGAUGGAUUUAUGUUGUGCCCGAAUAUCUGACAAGUCGUUGGAGUAUCUGGAGUUGUAUCCUCAAGAAUUUGGACACCGUUCACUGUAUGACUUUUUGGUGCCUGGUGAAAAUCAGUCCAGUCUAUCCAAGUUGCAUCGCUGCUUGCUGGAUAACGCAGUACAGCAUCAACAGACAAGGUUACCUCACAAUCUCUUGAGGUCCUCUAGUGAAAAGUUCUUUUCCUCAUCACUUGACAGCUUGCUCAACAUUGCCAAUGGCUCUUUGACACUCAAGCAGAAGUUGAAAUUUAGAAAGGGCCGUAGUGAUUCAGAUGCUGAUUAUGAGGAGAUGAAUUGCAGGUUCUAUCUGGGGGGCGCGUUUGGCGCUGAUCUGUUUGAUGAAUCCACGUUUGAUCAACUCUAUAUUGUGUGCAUUGCGUCACCCAUUGUCAGCGCCAUGAACAUCAACGAUGUGAUUCAUUUGCCUCCACUCAUGAUGAAUAGCAACAACGACUCAUGCUCGACUGUAUCCUCUCCAGUAUCACCACCUCCUGUGACAGCAACAGCAACAGCAACAGCAACUAUAUUGGCGUCGUCACCAUCGCCAGCUGAACAAUCAAAGCCAAACAAUGAAAGCGAGCAAGAUGACGAUAUGAAUGAUGGUGGUGAUGCUAAUAAUAGCGAAUGCAGUACCCCAACAGCUACUGUGAGUAGCAGUGGACAUACCCAGAACAGCAGUAAUACAAUUCAGCUACCUCUCCUCUCGUCUAAUCAUCAUCAUCAACAACAACAGCAACCGACUUUUGACAAUGACAAUAGUAAAUCUGUAUUGGACAGAUUUCGCUACAAUACCAAGACACCAACACAGCAAUUUAUCCAUCCCAACGAACUUUAUUACUUGCAAACCACAUCCAGUAGACUCUCAUCAGAAGCCAUGGCUCAUACAGCCUAUCCCUACUUGUCUAAAACGCCUGCCUCUGCUGCUACUGUUGGUAGCGGCCCACUUGCUACCUAUAAUAAUCAGUUCAAAAAAUAA